GAAUAUAAAGCCAUGGAUUUAUUCAAUGUCACGUUAUUCAAUGUUUGAUCUUACUUUAAAUUAAAUUUAAUUGUUUCCUUUAAUUCAAUUGAAUUUGGGUGGAAAUAGGAAAGGUGAAGGUGGGGAGAAGGAAAGGCAUCGUCGUUUGGGGUUUGUGAUUUGGAUCUCCUAUCUCUCUGGCAGCUUAAGAGAGAUAACUAAGACUUCGAUUUCUAUAUUUAGAUUUCCGUUUCUUCAGGAAGUGAGGAUUAUAGUUUCGAAUUUGGUUUUCAAUCUGCAUUAUCUUAUCUCACGCUUUGUGCUACAAAUCCAGUGUUUGAUUUCCGGCGUUUUAGGGCCCUAAAUCCAUGGGUGUUUGUGUUUCCAAACCCUCCACCACGACCGUCGUCGCUGUUCCGGAGAUUCAAGAUGCUCCGCCGCUGUCGGAGCCACUUCCGCCCUCAGUCGAUAGCGGAAACCGUAGCAAUGCGACGAGGGAGGAAGAGAAAAUUCAUUUCGAGUUGGAAGUUCCUAAGAAGUCGCCCUACUUCCCUCUUUUCAGUCCAAGUCCCGCUCACUAUCUCUCCUCGAAAAAGUCUCCGUUGAGAUCUCCGGCGAAUGUGAGCUCCAAUUCCACGCCCAAGCGGUUCUUUAGGAAGCCAUUUCCUCCACCAUCCCCUGCAAAACAUAUCAUGGCUGUACUGGCGAGACGGCACGGCUCAGUGAAGCCGAAUGAGGCAUCGAUUCCAGAGGGGAAUGAGAUUGAAGGACCUGGUCUAGACAAGAGCUUCGGAUUCUCCAAGCAUUUUAGGAACAAGUAUGAGCUUGGAGAAGAGGUUGGGAAGGGGCAUUUUGGCCACACAUGCAGAGCGACCGUCAAGAAAGGGGAACUUAAAGGGAAACAAGUUGCUGUGAAAGUCAUCCCCAAAGCGAAGAUGACCACUGCCAUUGCCAUUGAGGAUGUAAGAAGGGAAGUGAAGAUAUUGAAAGCUCUGAGUGGACACAAAAAUUUAGUACAUUUUUAUGAUGCAUAUGAAGAUCAUGACAAUGUCUAUAUAGUAAUGGGAUUAUGUGAGGGAGGAGAGCUCUUGGAUAGAAUACUCUCCAGAGGUGGGAAAUAUACAGAGGAUGACGCAAAAUCAGUCUUGAUACAAAUACUCAACGUGGCUGCAUUUUGCCACCUCCAAGGGGUGGUGCACCGGGACCUUAAGCCUGAGAACUUUCUAUAUACGUCAAAAGAUGAAAGUUCACAAUUGAAGGCUAUAGAUUUUGGCUUAUCGGAUUUUGUUAAACCAGAUGAGAGGCUCAAUGACAUUGUUGGCAGUGCUUAUUAUGUAGCUCCUGAAGUUCUACGUAGAUCUUAUGGCACUGAGGCUGACGUCUGGAGUAUCGGUGUUAUUGCAUAUAUUCUGCUUUGUGGCAGCCGACCAUUCUGGGCUAGGACUGAGUCUGGCAUUUUUAAGGCUGUCUUGAAAGCUGAUCCAAGUUUUGACGAUCCACCUUGGCCAUCGUUAUCAUCUGAAUCUAGAGAUCUUGUUAAGGGCCUUCUGAAUAAAGACCCAGAGAAAAGAAUGACUGCUGCUCAAGCUCUAAGUCAUCCUUGGUUUAAAGAUUCUAAAGAAGUGAAAAUUCCUCUUGAUGUACGUUUGCUUAAGCUUAUGAGAGUUUAUAUGUGUUCAUCGUCUCUCAGAAAAGCUGCUCUAAAGGCACUGUCAAAGACAUUGUCUAUAGAUGAACAAAGCUAUUUUAAAAUUCAGUUCGCACUUCUGGAACCAAACAAAAAUGGUACCAUAAGCUUGGAAAACAUAAAAGAGACUCUGAUGAAAAAUGGAACAGAGGCAAUGAAGGAAUCGCGAAUUAUGGACUUUUUAGCAUCGCUCAACGCAUUGCAAUUCAGAAGGAUGGACUUUGAGGAGUUCUGUGCAGCUACACUUAGUGUCCGUCAACUAGAGGACUUCAGUCACUGGGAACAACUUGCUCGCAGUGCCUAUGAACAUUUUGAGAAAGAUGGAAACAGGGCAAUCAUGAUUGAGGAACUAGCUUCGGAACUUGGUCUGAGCCCUUCGGUCCCUGUUCACGCGGUUCUUCAAGAUUGGAUCAGACCUACUGAUGGGAAGCUGAGCUUCCUUGGGUUUGUCAAACUAUUACAUGGGUCAUCAAGCAGGAUUGGUAGACGUUGAUAAUAGGUCGUAUUCAAAGUAGGGAUCUCAAAACUACUGAUUACUCUCUGCCUUGGUUAAGCGCAGAAUGAGAGGUGGCGAAAAGAUUUGGUGUGCCCCCCAAUUCCAUAAACUUUCAUCGGAGCUGCCAGCGUUGCCGAUCUCGGCAAGAUUGUUCAUCUUCAAGCAGCAGCAGAAGCAGCAGAGACUGCAAAUCUCUCAACUACUCUCACAUCCAUAUGAUAAUGGAGGUGAAGCCUAGGCUAGGCGUUUAUAGGUUCCACUGUUGUACAGGUGUUGUAAAAUAUGUUAAGUUUCAGGUGAUUAGAAGAUUAUAUUACAGCAGUUCUGACGAAAUGUCGAUUCAUCAAGAAACCAUCUUGUUCAAUUCUCUCUUCUUUACACGGUUAUUCACUAGAGCUUCCUCCUAUGAAUGCAGCAGCUGAAAAGGAUCAUAAUUCUAAUUCGUCAUUGAAGUUCCCUUUGGUAUAUUCUUAUUAGUAUAUAAAUAGAGAGUUGGAAGAGAAAAAAGGAAAAAAGAAAGAUGAAUCAGUGGAUGUGUGUGUUUGUGUGAGAAAGGAAAAGGCUAAAUAAAUUAAAUCAUGUCUCUAGAUUUUGAUUACUA